AUGUACCAAAUGGAACAACAGCAGAGCCAAGCCGUCGGCGUCAACGAGCAAGCCGCAAGCACGCGGCUUGUCCGUGAUGACACCGCCAGCAACACCCAGGCCAACGAUGAUGAUAACAGCACUCAGAGUGAAGAUGACGAUGGCCCCGCCACACCGGCGACACCCACAAGCCCAUCCUCCAUCGGCAGCGAGCCGGACACCGAGAGCGAACAGUCAAUCGAAGAACCGCAGCCACCAAGCGGCCCGCAUGCCCAUCAUCAUCAGCAGCAACAAGAAUGGCAACAACAACAUCAACAACAGCCGCAGCCGCAGCAGCAGCCACAUCAUCAGCGCGGCCGCCGCCCAUCCGAGAAGCGACGCGCCCCGCCAACAGCGGAGGAGCACUUGAGCCAGAGCCCGGCCAUCCACGGCGUGCCGACGCUGGCCAAGAUGUUCUUUGGCGAUGACGCGCCAACAUGGUCGCGGCGGCGCGCUGUCGACCGCCUCUCGUCCCAUCUCGUCCAGGCCAUCAUCGAAGAGGAGGAGGAAGAAGAGGGAGAGGAAAGCGCCACUGAACAACAACAACAACAACAACAACAACAACAACAACAAGAGGACCGCAUCCCUGAACACGAAGAAGAGCAAGACAGAGACGUCGCCCGACAAGAACAGCACCAACAACCACCAGCGCAAGAGCAUCAGGGUCAACAGCAACAGCCGGCAGAAGCAGAGCAAAGGCAGACACAACUGCGCAGAUCCGUCACAGCUACCGCCACCAUCGACAUCAGCAACACCAGCAACAGGCACAUCAGCACGGUCGCGCCCGCGUCGCUUCACAGCGCCAGGACCAGGCUGCACCAGCUCCCCCUUCCAACGACGCCUCCACAAGAAGCCGCGCCGCGCAUCCCCACUUGCGCAGGAGAUGGCUGCUUGCAUGCAUGCAUCCACAGCGGAAACCACCACCCCAUCAACGACAGCAACAGCCACCACACAGAAUACGGCCGCUGA